AUGGCUCACUCUGAGGAUAUAGAAACAGACGUACCGGGAACGGUCUACCUCGUCGAUGCAGCAGGACACUUGAACGAUGCUGCACAUGCUGGCAAUCAAGACAUCCUGCUGAUUCCUCAACCUACCUCAUCCGUCGCGGAUCCUUUGAACUGGCCAAGAUAUAAGAAGUUCUGGACGCUCUUCUUGAUAUCCGCCUACGCCUGCCUAAACUCUUUUGGCGAGAACAAUUGGGGCGCAGCAUGGACAACAAUCUCGGAAGACACUGGGGUCAGUUUGAGCAAUAUGAACGGCGGCUCCGCUUUGAACUAUCUCAUGCUGGGCUUCUUUAACAUUAUUUGGAUUCCGACGGCCAUGAAAUUUGGACGAAAGAUUGUCUACAUCCUCAGCUUAGUCUUUGUUCUAGCUAGCGGGAUCUGGGGUGGUGUCUUUAGUGGCGUUGCACAGUACUAUGUGAUGAUGACUGUCAAUGGUAUCGGCACUGCAGCCUACCAAGCCCUAAUCCAACUAACGAUCUUUGAUGUCUUUUUCUCUCAUCAACGAGGCCGUAUGUUGGCUACCUAUAUUUUCUUCCAGCAGCUAGGGUCCAUCAUUGGUCUGAUCUGUGGUGGUUACAUUUCCGACGGCAUUGGCUGGAGAUGGAGCCAGCCCAUCGUGGCAGGGGCCUGCGCUUUCCUGAUCCUCCUUUUCAUCUUCACCUUCGAUGACACUAUGUUCCCAAGAUACCGGUUCUCAGGCCGUGCAUCCUUCGAGGACUCAAUGGCAGAAGGGCCUACCACCGCAUCCCCCGUCGAAGAGAAAGAUCAAAAGAUGGAAUCGCCGAUAUCCAUAGUAGCAAGCCAUAGCGCAGGACAGAUCGCAAUGCCCCCACGAACGUACCGCCAAAAACUCGCAUUGGUACACUAUUUCAGUGACGAUCGUACGACCUGGUUUCAAUAUUUCCGUCGUCCACUUUUCCUCUUCGGAUUUCCCAACAUCCUCCUGGCCGGAAUUCAAUUCGCCCUAGGCUGCACCGCCGGUAUCGUGUCCUUCAAUACUAUCUCGGAGAUAAUGACCGAGCCCCCAUAUGACUGGAGCGCGGGCCCCGCUGGUUUGAUCUUCCUGGCUGCCCUCGUUGGCAACUUCAUCGGUAUGAGCAUCGGUUCGCUAUCCGACUGGCUUGUUGUCUUUCUCGCCCGCCGCAACAAGGGAUACAAAGAGCCCGAGAUGCGUCUAUGGGCCUACGGUCUUCCCAUCCUCCUCGCCGCCGUCGGCUACUUCACUUACGGCUGGGGUGCCACCGAAGGUGCCCACUGGAUGUCCAUUGCCGUGGGUCUCUGCUGCAUGAUCGCUCAACAAGUCUCCGCCACGAGUAUUGCGACUGCGUACGCAAUGGAAUGUUUCGAUCAGAUUUCCGGAGAACUCGUCAUCAUCCUAGCAUGCUGUUCCUCUAUCAUCAAUUUCGUCAUCUCCUUCACGGUGCAGGACUUCAUCGACGGCACCAACUACGGGUGGACCUUCACCUUCUACGGUAUCCUGGUUGUGCUGUCCAUGCUGAUGGGCGUGCCGAUGCUGAUCUGGGGCAAGAGUUGGCGCCGCAAGUGCAAGCCGCGGUAUGAGAAGUUCCUGGCGGAGAAGGAUCGUCAUUGAUCUCAAGAACCCCGUCGAAUCGCACAUACCCGGAAGCAAGCUCGUUAAAUGCUCUUAUGCACUGUUGCUAUGAC